AUGAGUGGGAGCAUUUCCAUUAUCAUGUCUAACGAGGAUCUGUCUUGCCCUGUAAACUACUUGUAUUUCCGCUUAAAUCAGGAGAAAAAGAAACCCAACAGCACUGUGCUGAAAUGCAGAAAUAACGUUUCUUUUGCCACACAGGUAGGAAGAGAAAAUGAAAUCGCGCAGCAGCAGCAGCAGCCCUUACAAUAUAGCUCUCAACCUUUGGCCAUCUCACCGGUGGGUCUGGAGUGGGGUUGGCACAGGUUUGUAGUGAAGCCAGGCAGACACCCCUGUGACCAUGGUGGAUCACACCUGUCACGUACCCUUGAAUCCGGGUCGCUGAGCCAGCCCUGGCAGCUGGCCCUGCACGGGGGUCCCGGUGGGCGGCUCCGUUCAGCCGCGGCGCCCGUGGCCACGUGGCCGCCCCACCGCCAUGCUGGCCGCGGCGUCCCCUCGGCUGAGCGUUGGCCAUGGCGCGUGGGGCCACGGAGCUGUGGUGACACCCUUGGCCGGGGUGCUGGGGGACACCCACAAGGCGGUCCCGUGGCACUGACGGCCGCGUGUCACCCUGGGCACGGAGCCAGGCGGUCACCACCCACGCUGCCCCAAGGGUCAGUAGGACCCCGAGUGCUUUGGGCUCCGCUUGUGGCCCCUGGCUCGGCCGGGCAGGGCCCUGCGUGGGGCAGCCCAGCGAGCGGAUUCUCCCGUACGGCCGUGCCACGUAUUGUAAAGACAGUUGUUACCGUCACGUCCUGCCAUCGAUGACGGACGUCGCGUUCCCAAACUCGGAGCAGCUCUGGCCAUCGGCUCUGUGGCGCAAAGAGACAGUCCUGCGUGUCCAGGCGGCAGAGCAUCCCCCGUGGAAGUGCCCCCCUCUCCUCAGUUCUCUGCAGCAAACCUGUUUACAUUGUAGCCUGACUUUUUUCUUUUUAUAUUUUUACUUCUGCAUGUCCUUUGCAUUUCAGAUACUGUAGAUUGGAUGCAUGGUGAAGCUGUGACUGAGAAGAUAAUACAACAAUUGACAGUGUAUUAUUUCAUUUAACUUUUAGCAAUAAAGUAACUAAACCCUCUAUUCCUCACCCAUGAUGGGGUCAGAUAGAAAACUCUGCUAAUUUGUCAUAAGAUGAUUGUCAAAGUUUGCUCUGGAUUGUCUGAAUGUCAGAACUCUUGACUGUUUAACACUUGAACAUUUUUUAUAUUAUAAAUAAAAUAAGAAAUAACAAG